UGACUGGGUGUUGUGCACUGGGGACCCAGGUGAGUGUUUCCAGCAGCCAGAGGGGACACGGCAGUUCAGCCUCUCACUGGCCCCACACUCGCUCAGCCUGUCCCUCAAAUGCAGCAGGAAUCAGAUCAUGCUGGGACAGGGCGUGUGAGGGGCAGAGGGGGCCUGCAAAGAGCCCCAGGGCUGGUGCUGCAGCCAGGAGCGGUGGCUCAUGCUCUGCUGGGGACCUGCUGGGAGGCCUGGGGGGUCUUGGAGCAGCUUGGUGAGGGCAGAGCCUGGGCUGUCAGCCUCCCUUGCUGGGAAUGUCACAGCCCCCUGAACCCUUGUCAUGUCUUAUCCUCCCAUUUCCUUGCAGCACUGAAGUCACUUAAGGCCAUGAGCAUUCCCAAAAGGAGCCUGGCUCUGGGGAGCUGCUGUUUUUCUGAAGGAAUUAUGAAUGAGAGGCACAGUUAGCCUGGAGAAUCUGCAGAUGGCCAGUGGUCAGAAGCUGCAGGACUGCUGGAGGCUCUGGACUAUGGACACAUGCCAGGAGAUAUGGAUAGGCAGCACACUCCCUUUGAAAGCCAGUGGAGCUUGGCAUGUUUAUGGCCAGGAGCCCGUAGCCCUGAUAAUUCUCUAUUUGGGAACUAAGAGAUGCCCUCAAGUUGCAGCCUUGGUGCUCCUCAGGCGUGGCUGGAGAGGGAAGCAGUCUGGAAGGGCAGCAGGGAUCACUUCCGAGACACUUGGGGGGCUGGGGGGAGUGGGGAGCUGUCCCUCCCACAGCUGUGUGGGGCGCAGAGCAGGAGUCCCCCCUCCCACGCAUCGCCCCGCUGGCCGCUCUCCAUCCAGACAAAGCCCAUUUUCCAGAGAAUCCCACCUACCUGGUAGUUAGUGGAGUCAUGUGGCUGCAGCACUUAAUUAAUAAAAAGCCGAUAUAAAUCCCAGGAAGCAUGUGGGGCGGAGGACACUGAGGCCGAGAGCGGUGGCGGCGCUUCCAGCGGUGCAGCAGUGAAGGACAAGCCCCCUCUCCGCUCGGAGAGGCUGUCCCCCGGGAGCAUGCUGACCGUGCUGCUGCUGUGCUGUGGGCUGCUGCAGGGGAUCCAGGCCGUCCUGGAGCUCAGGACCGCCGAGCUCAGCUGCGGCCACGUGCAGAAGGCGAGCGGCGGGCUGGAGGGGGCGGACAGAGCCCGGCACGCUAGCCUGCAGCGGAGAGCCCAGGAGGCGCCUGCAGAGCCACAGGGACCUCUCCCCAGGCUGGGGUUUGAGCAGAUGGCCCUGGAGGUCCAAGAAGCCGACGGUGACCUCGUGAGGAGAGGUGGCGUGCUGGAACCACAGCCCUCCUCCACGGAGCUGCAGGCCGCGGGCCGUGAGGAGCGCUCCCCCCGCCGCUGCGUCCGCCUGCUGGAGUCCUGCCUGGGCCACCAGGUGCCCUGCUGCGACCCCUGCGCCACCUGCUACUGCCGCUUCUUCAACGCCUUCUGCUACUGCCGGAAAAUCAGCACCAACUUCCCGUGCGGCAAGAACUAGGGCUGCUCCCUGCC